UCGAACCUGACAGUUUUCAUUAACCGUCACGUGCUGUUUUAGUAAGGUUAGUACACUAACUAUAAAAGUGAAAUUUCUGUUGCGUUAUCGUUAUUUUGAGUUGUGUAAACGCGGUCAAAUGUACGAGAUUUUAGUUUAGCCAAAAUUAAAAGUCACGGUUGUAAUAUGUCCUACCAGCUGUAUAGGAAUACAACCUUAGGAAAUACGUUGCAAGAGAGCUUAGACGAAUUAAUCCUGUAUGGGCAGAUAACGCCACAAUUAGCUAUUCGAGUUUUACUCCAAUUCGACAAAUGCAUAAAUCAAACCCUUUCCAAUAAGGUUAGGUCUAGAUUAACGUUCAGGGCUUCAAAACUGAACACUUACCGUUUUUGUGACAAUGUAUGGACAUUUAUGCUUGAUGAUGUUGAAUUUAAGGAAGUCCAAGAAAUUGCUCGGGUAGACAAAGUUAAGAUUGUUGCCUGUGAUGGAAAGAUUGUUGAAGGUGAAGGCAGCUCGAAAAGAUGAAGCUAACCGAUAUCAAUUAAUAUUUUAGUUCAUCUUCUUUAGAAGAAACAUGAACUUGUUUUGCAAUUAUUGUAUUAAUAUUUAUGUAUAGGUAAUAAUUUACAUAGACGAAUCAAGUUGUUCUUGUACAUACAUUGUCAAUAUUUAUUUUAAUUCUGUAUUUUAUAUA